AUACACUAAUUUGAAGGAGUGUCCACAUAAUUUUGUAUAUAUAGUGUAAUUCAUAAUACAUACUCCUCUGUCUAAAGACAAAGCAGAAACCAACACUCGCCCUGUUUUCCUCCAGGAACAAAUUACCAUCAGUCUGAGCCAGUGUAUCCUGCACAAAACAUGGACUGGAAUGGUAUCUUUCCUGACGGAACACCUUCCAAGAAAGGCGGUGACAAGCCCCCUGCAUAUGUGUUUGUAUGGAAGACAUGGGGUCAGUACUGGCAAGUGUCUGAUGGCACAUCCUCCUCCCUCACCAUUGGGACAGACGAUGUCCCUCUGGGUUCCUACAUCGUGGACAUUGUAAUCUACCACUACCGCAGCCAUGAGAAGUUCAUCCCUCUGGGAUACGCCUCAACACAGUUCUCCAUCACUGAUCAAAUCCCCUUCGCAGUCUCGAUGACCCAAGUGAACGACAUCAACGAGGCAGACCUGAGCUUCGUCCAGAACAGAGCCAUAGCCUUCACCAUCAGCCUCCACGACCCCAGCGAGUACCUGAGUGACGCCGACAUCACCUACAACUGGGACUUUGGUGACAGCAGCGGGGCGCUCAUCUCCAGAGAGCUGACUGUUACCCACACCUAUAUAGUGGCUGGUGGCUUCAAGCCCCAGGUGGUUGUACAGGCCGUUAUCCCUGAUAAAGCAUGUGCCACACCAGCUGGUGUCAAACCCACUGGUAAUGCUGUCACCAUCGGGCCUGCAAACCCGGUCGGCACAACAGUGAGAGCUCCUGCUGCUGAUGCGUCAGCUGCUCCAGUGAUGGUGGCCACACAGGAAGCUACAAUAAAUGUAGGCCCAUCAGCUCCCGCUGAGACUGACACAGAGGACAUCACUGAGGAGGGAGCCUCCACCGCUCGGGACACGAAGAUACCUUCUCAAGUUAAUCCUGACACUCCAACUGGCCCUGCUGCUGAGGAAUUAGAGCCAGCAGGACAGACUGCUACAGGCCAAGCUCCCGUGGGGAUAGUUGUUAAGCAUGAAGCCAAUGACAAAAAGGAUGAUGACUGUGUGAUCUAUCGCUAUGGGUCCUUCUGCACUGGCAUUGACAUCGUUGAGGGCAUUGAGAGUUUGAAGAUAGUGCAAGUGGACAAUGCUGUGAUCAAGAUGGAUGAAUCUGAGGUUGAACGAAACGUAGUGGAUCUAACUGUCACCUGCCAAGGGAGCCUUCCCACAGAGGUGUGCACGGUGGUGUCCGAUGCAGACUGUUUUAUGCCCAUCCACACCAUCUGUAACACAGUGGCCCCCUCUUCUGAGUGCCAGCUGGUACUGCGUCACUUUUUCAAUGACUCCGGCAUCUUCUGUAUCAACGUGUCCAUGACCAACGAUGUCAGUCUGGCAGUCACCAGCGCCAAAUUUAGCGUGACCGUGGGUUCCAGUCUGUCCUCAGCGGGCACUGUAGCCAUGGCGAUGGUGGUCCUGAUCGUUGCCCUGGUCGCAGGAACCAUGGCCUACACUUACAAACGGUUCAAAGCCUACCUUCCUCUGAAGGAGGGGUCUGUGGUUGGCUCCACCUCCCAGAGCGCUGAGAGCAGUCCUGGUUGGAGCUCUGGGUCUCUACUGUUCUGGAACCUUCUGAGUUGAUGGGGCCUCAUAGAGAACAGCCCACUUCUCGAUGACAGGCUGGUGUGAAUGGAAAACAACCCAUUCAACUGCCAAAUACACAACAGCAUAGAAACAUCUUAUUUUCAUCUGUCAUCUGAAAUGUUUUGCUUUUUCUUUUAUCGUUUUUUUAAUAUAUUUAUUUUUUACUGAAAGUUCAUUAAUGGAUAUAAUUUGGCUUAUUUCCAUCAAACUUAAAUGUGCAUCCUCAAAUGUUUAUACUGGAAGUUUUAUCAGUGAAUAGUAUUGUAAACUACUGUGAAGUCAGACAUUUUUAUGUCUUUUCCCCAUUAAAAUCCACCCAAAACUGUA